GACUCAAAUUGAUUUGCGGGUCGAUCGUAACAUGAUAGAGGGACAGUAAAUCUAAAGCUAUCUUCUCUUAAUCGACCUUCUUGGUUCAAAUAAUCACUCAUAAUUGUCUUCUUCUUUAUGGGUUUUUCGCGAGAAGAAAUGUUAUGAGCUACAAUAAGCUUCAGACAUUGGAUUCUGUUUUCUCGAAUUGGGUUUUCGUUUCACAUGGAGAAAAGAGUAUAUGAAGUCUGGAAAGGGAGAAAUAAGUUUUUUCUUGGAGGGAGGUUGAUAUUUGGUCCAGAUGGCAAGUCUCUAGUGGUGUCUGCAUCGCUGAUCAUUGUUCCGGUUAUUAUUUUCUGUAUAUUCGUAGGCAGACAUCUUGUCCAUGAGUUUCAUGCAGGAUAUGCGAUCGUUAUGGCUCCUAUCGUCUUCACAAUCUAUGUAUUGGUACUUCUUCUUCUUACUUCAGCCCGGGAUCCCGGAAUCAUCCCUCGUAACACGCAUCUGCCCGAUGAAGAAUUCCGAUAUGGCACUUCAAUAUCACAUGAAGCCGCUGGAAGACAGACUCCGCGCAUACAGUUUCCUCGAACAAAAGAAGUUAUAGUCAACGGAGUAUCGGUCCGAGUCAAGUACUGCGAAACGUGCAUGCUUUUUCGACCUCCUCGUUGCUCUCAUUGUUCCAUUUGUAACAAUUGUGUCGAGCGGUUCGAUCACCAUUGUCCAUGGGUCGGCCAAUGCAUCGGUCUGCGUAAUUAUCGAUUCUUCUUUUUAUUCGUUUCCUCUUCGACACUUCUUUGUAUCUAUGUACUUUCUAUGUCGGGUUUGUACAUCAAGAUUUUGAUGAGGGAUCACGAGUGCACGGUUUGGGAGGGGAUUCAAGAAUCUCCGUCAUCGGUGGUGUUGAUGGCUUAUUGUUUUAUCACACUGUGGUUCGUCGGUGGCCUCACGGGGUUUCAUCUCUACCUCAUCAGUUCGAACCAGACUACCUACGAGAAUUUCCGGUACCGAGCGGACAACUGGUUGAAUGUUUAUGAUCGAGGUUGUGCGGGAAAUUUUGGAGAAGUAUUCUGCUCAAAGAUAAAGCCAUCAAGAAACAAGUUCCGAGCUCCUAUGCAAGAAGUCCAACUUGGGCCUGGUGGAUCGACUCAGGAAUCUGGUGCCGACUCGUGCCCGGAGGACCGACGCAUGAAGGUCGAAGACGAUAUGGAUAUAGGCGGAGACCUAUUAAAGAUUUCUCAGCGUCACAAUAUCAAAGAUGUUGAAUCCCAUGAUCGUAACUCUUUAGAAAUCGAUUCCGCUUUAGGGUCGGGUACACAUACUCCAACCGCAAAUUCUGACAGAAACUCACGGUGGGAUAUUGCACCGGAAGUCUUUGCUAUGAACUCGAACGUAAAUGAGAGCAGAAGCUAUGCAGAUCAAAAGCAAGGGUACUAAUGACCUUUCGCAGCCGAUGUAACCCUUUGGUAAAGGGUAUUUUGGGAAUGGUCUUACACAGCAAAUCAAACUUUCUGUUUUUGCGAAAUAUCAAACUUUCACCUCUGUUUUUGCGAGGAUCACGAGCUUCUUGUAGUUGUGUAGGGGUAUUUUAGUCAUUUUUGCGGUGUCACGUGUUUGACAGACCGAUAGCCGCGAGCAUUAGAGCAAUGGUAACGUUAUUGGUUUCUAACUCGAACUUUACAGGAUCGAAUACCGGAUUUAGCAAGAGCAAACAAAAUCAUGACUUCUAGUGA